AUGUCACCAACAACGUCGACCUUCCACCUUCCCAACACCCAGCCGCCCAUCCCCGUCACACACCCAGCAUCCAUCUCUCGGGACCAACUCCUGGCCUUUCCUGCUUUCAAGACCUGGCUUAAUACUUUGCGCCACUCCCUUUCCCUCCAACGGUCGUCGUCGUCCCACCCUUUCCACAACUCGGCCUAUUCUCUCAAAUCAAUAGAAAUCCAAGCCGUCGACCAUUUCUCGGGCCAGCGUCUGGGCUUCCUGAAACUCAAAGCUCAAGUCAGCAACGAAGAUGGCGAACAUCUCCCAGGCUCGGUCUUCAUGCGCGGCGGGAGUGUCGCCAUGCUCAUCAUCCUCACUCCCUCCGACAGCCCGCAUGGCUCAGAUCAAAAGCCCCAGGCCCACAACCAACCCACAACACCGGAAGAAUACGCCAUUCUCACAGUGCAGCCGCGCAUCCCUGCCGGGUCGUUGUCCUUUGUUGAACUCCCCGCAGGCAUGAUCGACGACAGCGGCACCUUCGCCGGCGCUGCAGCCCGAGAAGUCCGCGAAGAGACAGGCCUCGAAAUCUCCUCGGACGAGCUCGUCGACAUGACGUUGCUGGCUUCCCAACUAGACAUGGACAGGUCGAGUGCACAGUCUUCUCCCAUCCCGUGUCCCUCCCCCUCGUCAGAAGAACGGCUUCAAAACGCGAUGUAUCCCUCUCCUGGGGGCAGCGACGAGUUCAUCCCCAUCUUCCUGGCUCGCAAAUCGUUGUCCACGCGUGCGAUCGAUGAGCUGAAGGGCAAGUUGACCGGGUUGAGGGACCACGGCGAGAAAAUCACCCUGAAGAUCGUGCCGGUCCAGGACGUGUGGAAGGUCGCGUGGCGGGACGGGAAGACACUGGCAGCCAUGGCCUUGUAUGAGGGUCUUAGAGGGGAGGGGAGAGUAUGA